AAGCAAAGGGGGAAGAUGGCGGCGCUGGGGGAGCCUGUGCGACUGGAGAGGGAUAUUUGUAGAGCAAUUGAAUUGUUGGAAAAACUGCAAAGGAGUGGAGAAGUACCACCACAGAAACUGCAAGCUUUACAAAGAGUCCUUCAAAGUGAAUUCUGCAAUGCUGUAAGAGAGGUAUAUGAACAUGUCUACGAGACUGUGGACAUCAGUAGCAGUCCUGAAGUGAGAGCUAAUGCGACUGCAAAGGCUACUGUUGCUGCAUUUGCUGCCAGCGAAGGACAUUCUCAUCCUCGAGUUGUUGAGCUACCAAAAACAGAAGAAGGCCUUGGAUUCAAUAUUAUGGGAGGCAAAGAGCAAAACUCUCCAAUCUAUAUAUCUCGAAUAAUUCCAGGUGGAAUUGCUGAUAGACAUGGGGGCCUCAAGCGAGGAGAUCAACUCCUUUCUGUUAAUGGAGUGAGCGUUGAAGGAGAACAUCAUGAAAAAGCUGUAGAACUGCUGAAAGCAGCUCAAGGAAAGGUUAAAUUAGUAGUACGGUACACACCCAAGGUCUUGGAAGAAAUGGAGUCACGCUUUGAAAAAAUGAGAUCAGCAAAACGCAGGCAACAGACCUAAAACUUUACAUUCCAUUUUGCUUUUAGGUAGAGAAGUUUUACUUGUGACCUACUGAUGGCCGCAAUGCCAAUGAUUGUAAAAAAAAAAAAAAACUUCCCGUGAAAUCCUCCUUGCCAUUUUAUAAAUGCCUAUUUUAACAUCAUUUACGGUUCCAGAGAUGCAUACACUUUUUUCUGACAAGAAAAAGUAAAAAGGUGAUGAGGGCAAUUCUGCCCUGCUGUUUUUACAGGCCUUUUUCAACAAAUGCAGAUUUUGUCAUAAAGUUGUUAUAGAUUUUUAAAAAUGCUUUUUUAAUAUUAAAAUGUACUUUUACAUUCUUAACCUUUUUUUAGGGAAAAAAAGUUUUCUUUAUUUGGCUGCUUAUUUAAAAAUAACAGUUCUCCAUUCUUUUCUUUGCUUUUUUUUUUUCCCACCUGUAACAUUUCUUUAUGGUUUUCCAAGAAAUUAAACAUAACAGUCUCAGCUACAGCAGUUUAUUACACUGUCAAUGUUAACAUCACUGCUGCGUUUUGUAUUUGGAACACACACAUAAUAUAUAUUAUCAAUGGUAAAUUAUAACUCAGCACAGUGGAAGUUUUUUACUUUUAUUUAAACAUAAUAUAUAAUGAAUAUUCAUUUAUACUGAUUUAUAAAAGUUUUUAAACACUGAUACAAUCAUUGCUAAAAUAUGUAUUCUUUCAUAAUAUUUGAGCAGUGAGGCAAGAGAAUGUAAUUUGAUUGUUAGCAUUACUGAUUACAUCUUUCUAUUUAUAGUCAACAAUAUAUCAUAAAUUACAAAUGCAAAAAGAGGUUUAGGUUUCAUCUUUUGCAAAUUUUUUUAAUGCUAUUCAUUUUUAUUUAAAUAUAUUUCUUAUAUUUUCAUCCUUCCAUUUGUAGUGAUGAGCCAGUUAGUUUGUGGUGGGAAAUAGCAAAGAAGAAAAAGUAAUACCUUUAACCUCACUAGGCUCAAGAGUUACACACUCCUAAGUAGCUCAAUUUAAAGACUUGAUAUUAAAUAGAAAAAAGAUAGAAGGAUAUAUUUAAGAUAUAUAGAAAUCAUGAGGUGAUACAUUGAUAAGAAUCUGCAGACGCUUUGUCAAAAUGAGUAAGAACUCAUUCACUAUUUAGUUGGAUUUAGAGAUGUGAUCUUUAUGAUUCAGCUAUAAUGAUGGGAAUUCUGAGAUACUUUGAUUUGUCCACUGGAUGUCACUGUUUUACUGAAAGGCAGCUAUUAGUGGAUGACUGUGACUGAGGUCUUUUUAAAGGCAGAAAUUAAAGAGGUAAGGUUCAUUUUCAGACACAACUUACAGGAACAUUUGUCAGGCUUUUAAAAAUUUUAAGUGACAGGUGCUAGAAAGAAAAUAAUGGAUUGAAAUACAUAGGGAAUUUAGAAUAAUUAUCAACCCUGUGUAAAGAGUGGGCAUUUUGUGACAUUCCUUCAGGAAGAAUAGAAAUGUGUAUGUUUUUCUGCAUGUUUGUGAGCACUGUGAGUCUUAAAAGAUUCCAGUUUCCGAUGAUUUUCAGAAUAAAAGUCAGCAUUGUUAUUUAUCUUUUAGGUAUUGAACACUGGAUUGCAUGGUUGAAUGUGUCUUUAGUCCACUACAAAAUGUGCUUGUUAUUGAUAGGAUCAUGUUAUUAAAUUGUAUAUUUCCAAAAUUAAUUGAUGUUUUAAAAAUGUUGAGACCAAAGUAGUGUAGAAGAGUUACGGACUUAAUUUAAUUGUAAAAUUAUUAGAGGUAUUUGCUGUAGAGCUUUAUAUAUUAAAGAGAGGUAUCGGUGCAUAUAAAAACAGUAAUAUUAUUGUUAUGCUUGUAUUCUUGCAUUACAGGGUAACUAAACCCUGAAGAAAUCUUAGUAUUACUACAGCUGCAGUAGCUUUUAAGGGUGUGUCAACAUUUCAUUAUAAAUUAUAGCUUCCUGGUUCAGUAUCUCAGCUGUUUCAGAACUUUCAGCCAAGUUAAACCUUUUUUGGUGUUG